AUGCAUGACGUCACAUCCUCCGCCGCUGGAACGUUAAUCACCUCCAAUUUUACAGAUCAAUUGCAAAUCAGUGUUUGGGAAGAAACUGUACUCUCCAUCCAUGAUGGAAAUGCCAUACUGCCAUGUCAUUUCUUCAGUGGCUUCUUAUCCCAUCAGAUCAUCGUCUUGUGGCAACGUGUCGAGACCAAAGAGAUUCUAUGGAGCUAUUACCACGGACAAAACCAGCUUAAUGAACAGAGUCAGCAAUAUUCAGGCAGAGUGAGCCUCUUCCCAGAGGAGUUGGAAAGGGGAAAUGCUUCCUUGAAAUUUGAAAAUGUGAAGCUAAAUGAUGCUGGAAAGUACAUGUGCUCUGUCAGAACGCCACUAGAAAAUAGCACGGGAAUUCUCUCCCUUCAAAUUGCAGCAUACUACACCGAGCCCAGCCUAAGAAUUGUACAAACAUCAAAUGGAACAAACUUUAUCUUUGAGUCUCGUGGUUUCCCUGAACCUACUGUUUCCUGGUUAAAAGACAAGCACCUGGAUAUUUCUGCACUGUCUGAGACUCUGUGCCAACUUGGUGAAGAUGGACUGUAUUCAGUACAGAGCAGUCUGCAAAUCAAUGGCACCAGUAUGAGUUCAAAUUUCACAUUUCGAUUACUGAAUGAUGUUUUACAGCAGUCCAUUUCUUGGACUUUUGAGCUAUCUUCUGAUAUUGACACUGGAAUUGAAAACAGAUACAGAUGGAUUUUACUUGCUGUCCUGGUGAUAGCUGAACUUGUAAUUACAGCAAUAUUGAUCAGCAAGAAACCAGUUUCACUUAAACCAGCAAAAUGAUAUUAUAUGACCUGUCAGCCUUUGAGGAAACUGUGUAUAGAUGGACAGCACCUGUUCCAACAAGGAAAUAUAUUUCUGUGAAGUAGGAGUUGAUGGCUAUUAACACUCUUGUAAGCAGCGAGAUAAUGAAAAAUAUUUGGAAGAUCACCGUUUGUUGAAAAGUGGAGUCUGAGGGUUGUGGCUAAAGUGCAGCAGCUUUCAUCCUCUGUCUGGGCUCCCAUUCAGUUUGACUUUCCUAUUGUGAGGAUAGAAACAAAACAGAGAGAAGGACUCACAUGUUGUUCAUGGGAUCAGCUCAAUACAUAUUGUUCUCUUUCAAUCCUGUUUCUGUUUAGAUGGUAUUUGCUACAUAGUAAAUCACACUUUAUUCAGACCAGGAUGGCAAGAAGGGAGACAACAAGGUGCAGGGCUGGAUGAACACAGCAGGCCAAGCAGCAUCAUAGGAGCAGAAAGGCUGACGUUUCGGGCCUAGAAGGGAUCUGUUCACUGCUCUCUGUCCUGUUGCUUCUCUGGGGAUUGGUUUAUGUCAAGGUGGUUGGUUGAUAUUUGCAUCUUCUCCAGGUGGGAAAAUGUAUCAAAUUGUCAUAACUGGAGAAGUUAUCAAAAAUCAAUUUAGAGUUGGAAAAUGGUGAAAUAAGUUUUGUUUUCGGUAUAAUGGUUAUAACUAUUAGGGAAUUUGUAGUUUAUAAGGAACAAAAUACGUUCAAGGAAACACUGACCGUCAAAAAAUAUUACUUGGUGGUUUGUUUCAAAUGAUCACUUGACAUAAGGGCAUUGAGAAUUGCUAAGCUUUACUUCGGUUGUGGGUAAAGUGUUGGAAAGGAUUAUAAGA